AUGCCGAAUCCACGGAACCAAACAGAGACUAUAGGGUACCCAGUAUUCGUAAUUGUUCAUUUUGAAAUAGAAAUGCGGGGAUACGAUAGAGAUGAAUAUGGCCAAUCAGUCGAAGAAUAUGAUGAUUAUGAGGACGAAGGGGAGGGAUAUGAGGAGGAGGAGGAUGGCGAAGAGUAUGAAGAGGAAGUGGAAGAAGAAGAUCCAAAGCCUACCAAGGAAGCAUUGGAAUACCUUGAGUUGAGACAACGGUUGAAAGAACAAUUUCGAAAGCAGAUGAAGAAGGAAGGCGGUUCUUCUUUGGCCAACUCCAGUGAUAAAAAGAAGAAGCUCCCCUAUGAUAAUUAUGGAUCUUUCUUUGGCCCUUCUCAACCGAUUAUCUCUGAGAGAGUGAUUCAAGAAAGCAAGUCGCUAUUAGAAACCCAGCAUCUGGCAUCUAGGGUUUCAAGCUCCCUCCAUUCUAACAAGAAGAGCUCUGGAUCAACCUCUGCUGGAUCGAAACCUGUAGCAUAUAACCAGAAACCCAGAGUCAUUAAUGAGGCUAAAAAUAAAGUCCAAAAGCUUAAGGAUACACGAGAUUACUCCUUUUUAUUAUCUGACGAUGUAGAGCUUCCAGCUUCUGCAAAUGAUCGUCCUCCUCGAAGUGUCUCUGUUCCAAAUUCAGAGGUGCGGUCUAGUCAAAUGGCACUGAAAAGCAAACUACCUAUGGAAAAUAAUGGUAGACAUGCUCAUGGAGGUCGCGAUGAGAGAAAACCGGCAUCUAUGAAUGGACAUUCUAAUGGAGGUCGCGAUGAAAGGAGACUGGUAUCUAUGAAUGGACAUUCUAAUGGAGGUCGGGAUGAAAGGAGACCGGUAUCUAUGAAUGGACAUGCUCAUGGAGGUCGUGAUGAAAGGAGACCGGUAUCUAUGAACGGACAGAUGCAUUCUAAAGGGGGGCCCAAUAAGUUAAGUUCUGCCAGCAGAAGACCUGAUUCUACAUCAGUGGACUCUAGAAAACAGCUUGGUAGCAACAAUGGAAAUGGGCCCAGCCGGCCUUUAGGGCCAAAAGGUUCAAAGAUGCCCGCUUCUACUGCUGAGAGGAAGGCUUCUGCACCAGGUGUGAAGAAUUCCUUGCCUGGUGUGCGCAAACCACUUCCUUCAAAGUUGCAGUCAUCUAUUCCAAAGCAGCACUUGCAACAAAGAAAGGAAGUACGAGAACCUAAUGAGCCCAAAGUGUUACCGAGACAGUCAGCAGGAUUGACAAAACCUCAGAUAAACAAGCCUCAAAUGCAAAGGCAAAUCUCCUCACGUCCUAUUUCACAAGAACAUCGUCCCAAAAGAAAGCCUUUGAGACGGCACCCUGAUGAUGAGUACGAUGACGAGGUGGAUUAUAGGAGUAUGAUCAGGAAUAUGUUUAAAUAUAAUCCAGACAAGUUUGCUGGCGAUGAUGAUUGUAGUGACAUGGAGGCCAACUUUGAGGAUAUUAUGAGGGAGGAAAAACGGAGUGCAAGAAUCGCAAGGCAGGAGGACGAAGAGCAGGCUAGAUUGAUAGAAGAAGAAGAAAGGAGGGAACAGAUGGCCAAAAGGAAUAGAUUAUUAAAGAAGCGUAAGCUGGGUCAUCAUUAA